CAAGUCGCUUGAGAGCUAGUUGGUGUGCUCAGAGUGUGUGAGAGAGAGAGAAAGAGAGAGAGAGAGAGAGAGCAUACGAGAAGUGGACAAGACAGAGAGAGAGGAGGUGAAAGGAAAGGAAGACAGUCAAUCACCCCACAGGAAAUUGGAAAAUAAAUUGCGUUGACACUCUUGCGUUUGCAUAGUAGCUGUCGGGGUAGAAGGGGGUUAGGGGUUAGAAUUUUGGGAAAGAGAGGUUUAGAUGAGGGUAAUCAGUUUAGAGCCCAGCGGUGAAGGCUUCCUGGGGUCUGGGCACCACUGUCUGGAUUGGUGGAUGUUGUGGAUGUGUUAGGGAAGCUUUCUGAAGUUCCGCCGUGGAGGAGCACACCUCCUGGGCCAGCAGGCUGGGGGAAACGCGGGAGAGGCCGCAGGGACGUGAUUAAAAUGGGGUCCCCGGUGCCUCUCUCCGAAGGCUGGAGUUUCAGACGACAGCCAUGCCGGACGUGAAGACAGCGUCAUGUAACUAUCCCUCCUCCGCCGGCCCGCUUGCUGGCUGCAGACUCGCCAUGGAUCUGGAGCCCUGCUUGACUGACCAUCCCCUGCCUCUGCCCCUGGCUGCUCCCCUCCCCGCCUACCCUGGCCACAGUGCAGCGCCCUACUCCGCCCUCCAGGGGGCGUCACCCAGUCCCAUACCUAGGUGUAACAGCAGUGCCCUGCUCUCCAACCUGGGCCUGCGCUACUGCUCCAGUAGCAGUGGCCCCCCACUUAGGCGAGCCGAUGGACUGUGGCCCCACACAGGACUCCCCCCAGCCAGCUGCAACAGCGUAGGGAGCAGACUGUACCGUAGCAUGGAGAACCUCAACUGGAACGCCAUGGCCGAGCCCAGCCUGUUUUCACUCAGCACCCCCUACAGGAGCAUGGACAGCGAGUUCAUCUUCCGCUGCACCGCCACCAGCCACUGGUACGACGGGCCGCCCGAGGGGCCCCAGGUAUACGGUAUAAUGCCCACCCCAGAGAGCCUGGCCUUCUACCCCCGCCGCGGACCAGCCAGGCGAGACCAGCCCCUCUUCCCCCAGUGGCUGUUCCCGGGUGUGGACGACUGGGGAGGAAAUGCCAGGAGGGGCCUGCGAGAGAAGCUCCGCCUUCAAAGCGCGCGGGCCUCCGAGCCCCACAAGCCCCUGCGGCCCCAGGUGAUCCAGGGGGCUCCGCUUAUCCUGCCGGGCUCGUCGGAGAGGGAGGGGUCCCCCGGUCGGUUCCCAGGGGGGCGAUCUCUGUGCGCCCGCCGCAUCACCAGUCCCGAGGAGAUCAAACAGGAAGUUCUGAGGCGUCUUCAGCUCCGGCGCCAGAGGAGCACGCCCAACCUGGCCGCGCACGUCCCCCCAGAGAGCCAGGGCGGCGUGGCCAAGUCCUACACGGCAGAGUCCCUCUGCGGGAGCGGGCCGGAGCCCUCGGCCGAGCGCAAGAGACCCCCCGUGGGCCGACUGCACAUCCCCACCUUUGAGGAGUUCAAGAGGAUGAGGCAGGGUGGGGGGAGCCAGCGGAGCGCGGGGACAGACCCGCCACUGGAAGCGGUGUCCGGGUCGGGGUCCACAGCCGGAGACCGUGAGGCUGUGAUGACCGCUCCGUCCGGGCAGAGAGACUCUCGGAGGCAGGUUGGACUUGAUGGAGAGAUGGAGACAAAAGAGGAGGGGAGGGGGGGUGGAGAGAGGACAGAUGGAGGAGAGGGCAGAGGCAGUGACAGUGGCAUGUUGACACUCAGCUCCCCUGAGCAAGCUCCCUGUCAGCCAGCCAUCCGAGAACAGAAUCAAGAAUCCACAAAAUCCCCCAUAUGUACAGGCCCUGCACCCCGCACCCCCCUGCAGCCCCUGGUCCGAGCAGCCCCAGAGAGUGGUCUUGGGGCUUGGUCAGGCCCAGGGACGGGGCCUGGGGCAGGGGCAGGGUCUGAACAACAGCAGGGCGAGGAGGAGGCCAGCAAACCCAGUGUGAGCCUGGGCCCAGCCGAGCAGGUCCCUUUCCCCCCCCGCAGGGAGAGCUCCGAGGGCCCAUCCAGCUGCUGUCCUGCCCUGCUCAUGGAGGGGGCCCACCUCUCCAGCUAUGGGGCCAAGAUCUACAAGAUGAAGGAUGGCUUCAUUGGCUCCGCCUUGGACCUCAUCAAGAAGAGCUGCAGUGCAGAGAUCUCAGCCGAGGCCCCCGUCAGGAUGUCAGGUGACCACGACGAUGGCGCUGACAUCACCGCUCCCCCCCCAGCCUGUCAAUCCUCCACUGUCUCCAUGGCAACGACGCCCUGCGGAGCGGCGGGUUGCGACGAGCCUGCAGGAGCAAAGGAACCAGCAGAAUGCCAGCACUCUGGGCUGAGCUGCAGGCGUUCCAGCUCUGACGCGGCCUAUGAGCCGGCUGAGACGGUGAGGGCCCAGCGCGAGUGCCGUCUGCGGCCCCACUACAGCGACCCCAUGCCGGCUGAUGCCGCCAAGCGCAAACAGCUGGAGAUGAAGAUCGCGGCGGCCGCACGGUUCCACAGCCAGCGCAGGGACAGGGACCGGGAUAGGGACCGGGACAGUGCCCCGGCUGCGUUGCGCGGCCGCUCAGAGCCCAGCGGCGAGGAGCGUGCGGGGGGCCUGAGGGUGCGGCGAGGCGGGCAGCAUCGCUGGAGCACCGUGAGCAGCCUGAGCGUGGACAGUGGCGUGGUGGGCCUGAGCGAUGAGCGCGAGGAGGAGGAGGAGCCGCGCAGGAUGCGGCGUGGCGGCGGCGGCGGGGCGGAGGUGGAGCGCGUGGACAGUGGCAUCGGGCCGGGCCUGGCCCGGGGCUGGAAGAGGCCCUCGGCCUCCCUCAGGGUCUGGGAGGCCCAGAGGCCCUGCCCUGACUGUGGCCAGAGGGACAGGGAGGGCAUGUGCGAACGCUGCUCCAAGCUGCGCACCGAGCGCAAGGAGGCCAUCCUGGAGUUCCUGAACACCGAGUCGAGCUACGGCGAGGACCUGCGCAUCAUCAAGGAGGAGUUCUACUGCCCCAUGCAGAGCGCCGCUCUGCUGAGCGCCGAGCAGCUGGCCGUGGUCUUCAGCAACGUUCAGGAGCUCAUCGACGUCAACGAGCGCUUCACGGAACACCUGCAGGACAGCAUCGACCAGGCCUUCGACCAGGGGGAUGAGGACCUACUAACAGUCUGUAUUGGGGAGAUCUUCCUGGAGUUUGUCAACAUGCUGCCAGCCUUCCAGACCUACUGCCUGCAGCAGUCCACUUCAGUAAACAUGCUCAACACCUUGGAGAAGGAGAAGGAACUCCUAAGGAUCUUCCUGGACGUGUCCCAGAAUGACAACACGGCGCUGCGUCGUAUGAACCUGCGCUCCUUCCUCAUGGCGCCUCUCCAACGCGUCACCAAGUACCCGCUCCUCCUCAGCCGCAUCAGCAAGGCCACCACCGAGUGUCACCCGGACCACGGGCGCCUGCGCGAGGCCAAGAGCCGCGUCGAGUCCCACCUGGAGCACAUCAACAUGAAGACCCGGCAGGAGGGCGCCGUCACCUGGUCCCUGCGCUCGUUCCGCCGCGACAGCCGCAAGAACCGCGAGGUCAUCAACAUCGAGAUGAGGGAGCUGUCGCUGAAGACGGUGGGCUGGGCCCGGGAGAGCACGCGCUUUGUCAUGGAGGGGCCCAUGCAGCUGUCCCAGCCCGCCGACGGCCAGUGGCUAAAGAAAGGCAGCAGGGCCCUCAAGUUCCAGAACGUGCAGAGUCUACUGAUGGUGCGGACGCAGCGGGCGGGGGAGGGGGGGCCGGCGCCGGUGGGGCUGGCGGGGCAGGUGCCUGGCUGUCAGGCGGACCCGGGCGCCCGGGGGGAAUGUGAGCCGCAGGAGCCCCCCGGGGAGAGCGUGCGGGACGGCGUGCUGGUCCUCAUCAAGGACAAGAGCAGCGGGAAGUUUGCGGUGCUGCGGGAGCCCAUCCGCCUGGCCAACUGCGUGGUGUCGGCCGACCCGGAGUGCGAGGACACCUUUGAGCUGCUGGACAUCCGGAGGGAGGCUUUCGUGUUCAGGGCAUCGGACAAGGCGCGCACGCAGCAGUGGUUCCGGCAGAUCAAGAGGUAUUCCCGGGAUUUAGGGCCCUGGAGGAAGAGGCGCAACGCUCUGCCUAAUAUCAUGAUUAACACGAACCAGAGUCGCUCCUGAGACUCAGUUCCCCUGAGGAAGCCUCUCCUCCUCCACGUGCUGGACCUGGGUACACAGGUGUACAUAAAUAGACAGUGUUACUGCUACUGAGAACUCUGUGGGAGAUUCCAGUAUUGAGUCUCUCAACACCCAGGCAGUGAUGAAGAUGGCACUUUUUUUUCUACAAGACUGCAAGUGCGUAAUACUGUUCAUGAAUGAAUCUUUUUUUCGUUUCAAACUGAGAAAAAAAAACAACCAGACAUUAGCAACCAAAAGAGAGACUUGGUUGGAAGUACUGACACCCUUGAUUGUAAAGAUGUUUUGAGAGAAAAUAUUUUUUUUUCAUUAAUUUGACAGUGUCUGUGUUGAAAAAAUUGUGAAACAUGAUAGCAAAAAAAAUUACAAAAACAUGGUUACAAAGAUAAAAAGAUUGGAGAAGGCUGUUAUUGAAGAUGAUGAAGUGUGAGUGAGUGAGUGAGUGAGUGAGUGAGUGAGUGAGUGAGUGAGUGAGUGAGUGAGUGAGUGAGCGAGCUGCUGUUCUGUACAGUAAAACAAGAGCCUGGGCCAGUGUAGUAACCCAGUAAAAGGCUUUUGUUUUGGAUUUUGACCAAGGAUAGUAACUGCCCUCUGCCCUACUUCUCUUUCUCUUUAAGUUGGUAGCAUGGUACACUGCCAAGAGUAGAACAGACACAGUGCCUGCAGGUGAGCAGAUUACCCUAGAGGGUGAUUACUGUGUGUUGCUGUGCCGGGGUCAAGUUACAAUGCAGCAAUAAUCAAUCUGCCAUUUUCACAUUGAAUACCCAAUCCUUGGUUCUGCACUUGCUAGUAUUGUCAUAUGCUGUCUUGGUGGGGGGGAGGGGGGGGGGGGUUACUUACAAUAAUUAGCACACUUUCAGCAGAAACCCCUCAGUGAAGACAGUCCAAAAUACUGUAGCAUGGAAUAGUGUGAUAGACUAUGGCUACAGAGAAUGCCCACGAUGAAUCUAUUCAUUGCCCAUCCUCUCUUAGACCAUGAGACUGAUGUUAGCUUUUCAUUUCUUACAUAAACUCACAUCCUAUUGGUUGAUUUUGAGAAGGGAAAUCCACAAAAUGAUGUGCCUUUUAUGUUUGUGUUUUUACUCUGAAUGAAAUUGUAAUCCGUCACAGUAGCGUUGACAACUGUGAAACGGCACCAGACUGCCCUCUGGCUGUGGGUAGCAGAAUGGCACAAUCUGCACGCAAUAACAAGCAUACCCCUGACUGAACUACGACCAAACAGCACCCCAAUUCUAAAAUCUAUUCAACUGAAAUCGGUGCAGCCCCCUUCAUUGAUUUAAAACCACAGUGUUGGUUCUAGAAUAGUCUUUGAUACACAUGGCACAUGCUUUGAAAUACACGUAAGAGAGGGGAAGUCUGCCCACAUCAGGGUGGAGGGUUGAGCACUAGACCUGUGUGCGGCCUGCCCCUGGCCUGUGUAUUUUCUUACUUGGGUGAAAGCUCUUUUUUUCAGUUUGACGCACUUUAUAAUGAUAACAGAAUACUGGAUCCAGACUACUAGGUCAGGACUUCUGAAACAGUUCUUGCAGUUAGUGAAAAGCUUUAUUGGAUUUUAUGGGUUAUGAUCUUUAUUUACAGACCUCAUUAGUCAAACAUGUUUGAUCUCUGUUGAACACAGUGGUCGAGGCAAUACAGUACUCAUCAACCAAAUCUUUAACCUUUGCAUGCUGUCUGAUUAUGUUAGUCAAACGUAGCACAGGUAAAUAAGGUAGCUAAUCACUGUGUUUUGGAGAGUCAAACGGUGUAUGGACUGCUGCCUAGGUUGUUACUGCUGUCUUUCCAAUGGCAUUAGCACUGUUAGUUCUUUCAGGUCCACUGUUCCCUCUAGAUACCAGUUCAUGGGAAGGCACAGGAAUCCUCUGACACCUUUCAAUCUUUUCCGUCUGUAUAAAAACAAAUUACUCAAAACAACUCAAAUGUCCUAUUUCCUUAUGUAAUAUAUUGUGAAUUAAAUUUAAAAGA